AUGAGGUUCACUACCGCUACGCUCAUUACCCUGAGCUUUCUGGCUGGCAACGUCGUUUCUGCCCCCACUGCACCGAUCAACGACGUUGCUGCUCCUGUCGAGGCACGUGCUGCAGACUUUGUCGAUGGCGCUCACCUCGAGGCCCGCAAGAACAAGAAGAAGAAGAAGGAGGGCAAGAAGGAUAAGAAGGCCAAGGACAACGCCAGGGAUCUCACCGAACUUGAGGAUCGUGACGCCGACGAUGUUACUAUAGUCGAAAUUCGUACACCUGAAUUUGUGGCUGACGACGCCCACAACCUCGAGGCCCGCAAGAACAAGAAGAAGAAGAAGAAGGGGGGCAAGAAGGAUAAGAAGGAGAAGAAGGCCAAGGACAACGCCAGGGAUCUCACCGAACUUGAGGCUCGUGACGAAGAGGCGGAUGAUGCCGCUCAACUUGAGGCCCGCAAGAACAAGAAGAAGAAGAAGGGCGGCAAGAAGGAUAAGAAGGAGAAGAAGGCCAAGAACAAUGCCAGGGAUCUCACCGAACUUGAGGCUCGUGACGAAGAGGCGGAGGAUGCCGCUCAACUCGAGGCCCGCAAGAACAAGAAGAAGAAGAAGGGCGGCAAGAAGGAUAAGAAGGAGAAGAAGGCCAAGAACAAUGCCAGGGAUCUCACCGAACUUGAGGCUCGUGACGAAGAGGCAGAUGAUGCCGCUCAACUCGAGGCCCGCAAGAACAAGAAGAAGAAGAAGGGCGGCAAGAAGGAUAAGAAGGAGAAGAAGGCCAAGAACAAUGCCAGGGAUCUCACCGAACUUGAGGCUCGUGACGAAGAGGCGGAUGAUGCCGCUCAACUUGAGGCCCGCAAGAACAAGAAGAAGAAGAAGGGCGGCAAGAAGGAUAAGAAGGAGAAGAAGGCCAAGAACAAUGCCAGGGAUCUCACCGAACUUGAGGCUCGUGACGAAGAGGCGGAGGAUGCCGCUCAACUCGAGGCCCGCAAGAACAAGAAGAAGAAGAAGGGCGGCAAGAAGGAUAAGAAGGAGAAGAAGGCCAAGGAUGCCGGUGCGGCUUAG